AUGUCGGGGUGGAGCUCGCUCGCCCGCGCCCGCACCGGGGUGGAGCUCGCUCGCCCGCGCUCGCGCUCGCGGCGGCCGGGCGGAGCUCCUCCCUCAGCUUCCGCUGGAAGGACGCUUGCUCGCGGCGGCCAGGAGCGCUCGCGUGUCGCUCGCGAGGUCGACCACCUGCUGCGCGCCGGGUUCCCCAACUACGUCAAGGGCGCGCGCUUCGCGGGGCCCUUCACCGACCUCCUCGGUAGCGGCAUCUUCCUCGCGGACGGCCGCCUGUGGAGCCUCCAGCGCAAGCUCGCCUCCUACUCCUUCUCGUCCCGCUCGCUGCGCCGCUUCUCGGGGCGUGUCCUCCGCGCCCACCUACACCGCCGGCUCUUGCCUCUCCUCGCGACCGCGGCCGACGCCGGAGUGGCCGUUGACCUGCAGGAUGUGCUCAAGCGCUUCGCCUUCGACAACAUCUGCGGCGUCACGUUUGGGGUCAAGGCCUCGACGCUGCUUGAGCUCGGGGAGGAGGACGGCGGGGGCAGGGGACGCCGCCGCCGGCACGAUGCGUUCUUCAAGGCGUUCGAUGCUGCUCGAGCUCGGGGAGGAGGACGCCGUGGCGUCGGAAGCGAGAGGCAGCUCUACGAGGCCAUCCGCGUUGUCGACGAGGACGUCGCAGCGAUCAUGGAGGAGCGGCCGCGCGGGCACGGCGACGACGAGCAGCACCUGUUGUCGCGGUUCGCGGCGGCGAUGGUGGAAGACAAGGGGAGCGAGCUCGACGCCAUGUUCCGGUCACCGGAGGCGAAGCGGCGGUUCCUGCGGGACAUCGUCGUCAGCUUCGUGCUGGCCAGGAAGGACACCAUGUCCUCCGCGCGCACAUGGUUCUUCUGGCUCCUCGCCGCCAACUCGCGCUGCGAGCGACGCGUGUAUGAGGAGGCGGCGUCGCUCUCGCUCCACGGACACGGAGACGACCACGGCGUCGACGAUGUCGACGGCGGCGGCUACAACGAGCUUAGGGGGAUGCACUACCUACACGCGCCGAUCACUGAGGCGAUGCGGUUGUACCCGCCGGUGCCCAUCAACUCGCGGGCGGCGGCCGUGGGGGAUGUGCUGCCGGACGGCACUACUGUGCACGGCGGCUGGUUCUCGGACUACUGCGCGUACGCUAUGGGGAGGAUGCCACAGCUGUGGGACGAUGACUGCCGCGAGUUCCGCCCCGAGCGGUGGCUCGACGGCGGCGGCGAGUUCGUGGCGGUGGACGCGGCGAGGUACCCGGUCUUUCACGCGGCCCGCGGGCGUGCCUCAGGAAGGAGAUGGCGUAUGUGCAGAUGA